AUGACCAACGAUCCUCAACUAGCCACUACGGAACUAUUAAAAUCAAAUAAUUAUUAUUGUUAUAAUAAUAAUUGGAAUGGGUGUCCUCGUAAAAAUUAUCAACAGAAACAAUUUUCCAUACCGUUAAUUAACCGUUUUGAGCUAUUUCAGAAAACACCACAAUUAAAACCACAAUCAUUUUCACGUUCUCGGUCUCGCCCUUAUUCGACAUCUGGUAGCAAAUCUCGACAACAGCGUCAAAUAAAUAUUAAUAAACAAAAUAAACACCAACUACGUACAACAUAUUUAAGACCAGAUGCUAUAAAUUACACUUUUAAAGAAGAAGAAAGGGGUGAAUUAAAGACAAUUAAUUAUCAUGAUAAUAAGUUCAAAACGGCAUGUUAUAUACAACUAUGGAAAGAAUAUUUAAAGUUUGGCAUAACACAGGAUCAACCAUUGUGGGUACAAGAGGUUAUAUACAAUAAAAAUACAAGAGAUCAUAAUAUAAAUUUAAAAUUUUGCAACAAGCGGAUCGAAUAG